UACGGACAAGGUAGAAAGCGUGACGGCGGUGGCUCGCUGCAGGCAGGGUGCAGUUGAAGUUCAAGGUCGACUCACGCGUGAAUGCCGAGCGCUACAUCAGAGGAAUCACGCGCGUCGAGAAACCCCAGUGCAUGUAUCGCCACCCACAAUCGUCGCAUGCAACUUCAUACAGCCACCCACCAACUUCAUAGAGCCGCUGCCCGUUGGCUCGAGCACGCUCUACGCGACGACCUUUUCGCAUCAUGGCACUCCUGUCCACACUGAGGCCCAGCCGUGAGCGGAUCCGCGAAAUUGGCAGAUUGUAUGCGUCGCAUCGUCCGAUCAUCCAAAGACUCCUUCUGGUCGGUUUUAUCGUGCAUAUUAUCUCGUACACUGUCGGCGGGCUCGCAGCCAAGCCCAGUGUGAGCCAGAAAUCGUCAAGGAAAGGCAAGGGGAAGGGGAAGAGCAAAGCCGCUGAGGCGGCGGAGGGGCGGAAACCGCGAGUCGCUAUAGAUGCGUUGUUCUAUCAACGACUGUCGACGAUACUCAAGAUCGUGAUUCCGAGUCUGCGCUCGAAAGAGGCUCUACUGCUCGUCAUGCACUCCAGCCUUCUCAUCUUCCGAACCGUAAUCUCGCUGUACGUCGCAGCAUUGGAUGGCAGAAUUGUGGCAUCUCUCGUCCGAGCGCAGCCUAUACCUUUCCUCCUCAACAUCCUGCGGUGGUUGUUAGUUGCAAUACCUGCUACGUGGACCAACAGCUGGUUGAGCUAUGUCCAGAACAAGAUUGCUCUGGCAUAUCGAACCCGGUUGACCGAAGAGGUGAUGAAGCAGUACCUAGGUGAGACGGCGAAUGGGCAGGACCUCAAGGUAUUCUACAAACUAUCUAACUUGGACGACAGGAUCAAGAACCCAGAUCAGAUGAUCACCCAUGACAUCCAACGUUUCUCAACACACUUAGCAGCCAUCUACGCGAACGUCGCAAAGCCGAUGCUAGACAUGAUUCUGUACAACUACCAGCUCUCGCAGAACGUCGGCGCGGAAGGUCUCGUCUUACUCACCAUCGCCAUCGAAUGCAGCGCAGCCCUCCUACGCGCAUUGACCCCGCCCUUCGGCCUGUACACCGCACUUUCCGCGCAGCUCUCGGGCAAUCUGCGCCACACGCAUUCGCGGCUGGCCGAGUUUGCGGAGGAAAUCGCGUUCUUCGGUGGCGAGCACACGGAGAAGAUGCUCGUCGAGCGAGAGUAUGCGGGCCUCGUGCAGCAUGAGGAGAAGGUGCUCCGGAGGGCGUGGUGGCAUGGGUGCCUGGAGGAAGGCGUUAUCAAGUGGCUCUGGGGAAGCUUUGGGCUGUGUCUGUGUGCGAUUCCCGUGUUCUUUAAGUUGCCGGGAGUGAGCGGUAUUGACUUGGGGAGUCGUACGGAAGGCUUCGUUACUAAUCGGAGACUGCUCUUGUCUGCUUCCGAUGCAUUCGGGCGAGUUAUGUACUCCUACAAGGAACUAUCCGAACUCGCAGGAUAUACCGCACGAGUUUCCCAGCUGCUAGAGACGAUGGCGGAUAUCCGGAAGGGGAAGUUUGAGAAGGCGCUUGUCAGCGGUGCGGAUACUGAGGAGCACGCUAACAUACUCAAGGGCAGGGGGAUCAGCAUUGAGUCUGACGAGAUCGAAUUUGAGAACGUGCCGAUCGUGACGCCCAAUGGCGACAUACUUGUCCGCAGCCUGAGUUUCUAUGUAAAACCAGGACAACACCUCCUGAUUGUCGGACCCAAUGGUUGCGGGAAGUCCUCACUGUUUCGCAUACUGGGAGGUUUGUGGCCAGUUUAUGGUGGGAUCGUUCGCAAGCCACCAGCAUCACAAUUCAUCCUUAUCCCACAACGACCGUACCUAUCUCUCGGAACGCUUCGUGACCAGGUCAUUUAUCCUCAUAGCAAGAAGGAUAUGGAAGCAAGGGGUGUGACGGACGACGAUCUGCGCGCGAUCCUAUCCGAGGUGCAGAUGGACCAUAUAAUUGAGCGUGAGGGUGGAUGGGAUGUCGCGCGCGACUGGCAUGAGGCACUCAGCGGAGGUGACCAGCAGAAGAUCGCGUGGGCGAGGCUGUUUUACCACAGGCCAAAGUAUGCGGUGCUGGACGAAGCGACAUCGCUCGUUCCCCCGGAGAUGGAAGGCAGGAUGAUGGAGCACGCGACGCGGCUGGGGAUCACCCUUUUGACGGUGUCACACCGCCCGUCACUAUGGAAGUACCAUUCGAUGAUCCUGCAGUACGAUGGGCAGGGUGGCUAUGUCUUUACGAAACUCGAUGCCGAGAAGCGCCUUGCACUGCAACAGGAGAAGGAGGCGCUGGAGACGAAAUUGCUCGAAGUGCCGAAGAUGCGAGCGAGGUUAGCCGAACUGCAGGCUUUGCAGAGAGGAGGAGUGGCUGGGAGUGCGUAAGCCGGUGUCCGGGUCCGAUAUGCGCUUCUUGAGGGAGGACAGGAGUGUGAUUUUCCUUGGAUGUAUAUAC